CCUCUCGUAACGCCUGCUAGGUGGCCGCGACCCGAUGCAGUUUGAGUUUGACCCGAACGCCAUGUCGCAUCGAUGGCGGUUGCCCAACAAGUGACGGAGUACUUAACGGGGUGUGUCGUCGACUGAUGCGUCAGCUCCAAGGGUUGGCAUGAAACUGCCCAUCAUUAUCCACGACGACGACAACGACGAAUGAACACGAGCCCUCAACAAGACCAAAAAAAGACAAUAGCAUAGCAUUUGCCCCAACCCAGCCCCAGCAUGAAGGCCGUUCAGAUCCUCGGCGACAAGUCCGCCCCAUCCGUGGUCCUCAACGACAACAUGCCCCAGCCAACGGCCACCGGCAGCGACAUCCUCAUCCGCGUGCACGCCGCUGGGGUCACAGCCGACGAGGUCUCCUGGCCCGAAGUCUACAACACGCGCAACCGCAUCCCCGGCCAUGACAUCUCGGGCGUCGUCAGCGCGUUGGGCCCAUCCUACGCCGGCCCACUCGCCGUUGGCGACGAUGUCUUCGCCAUGCUCGCCGCCGACGCGAGCCAGGGGGGCCAAGCCGAGUACGCGGUCGCCUCGCCGGCCGAAGUCACGAGGAAGCCCGCGGCCAUUUCGCACGCCCAGGCGGCGGCGCUGCCCAUCCCCGCGCUGACGGCGUGGGAGGCCAUCUUCCAGCAUGCCAAACUUGAAAAGGGCGCCAGGGUGCUCGUCACGGGCGCGUCGGGCGCUGUCGGCGUGCAGCUCGUGCAGCUCGCAAAGCAGCUUCUGGGCGCAGAGGUGAUUGCGCUGGCGUCUUCGCGCAACCAUUCGUUCGUCGAGGAGCUCGGCGCCAGUAGAGUCGUCGACUACAACGCUACUGACUGGGAAGACGCAGUCGACAGCGUCGAUGCUGUGUUUGACACGGUAGGCGGUGAAACGCUCGCCAAGGCGUCAAAGACGGUCAGGGACGGCGGCGCCGUGGUCACGGUGGCGGAUCCACCUCCCCCGUGGGCUUCUGGCAAGGCGAAGCCAGAGCUCAGCGAGGCAAAGCCCCAUGUAAACUGGGUAUACUUUGUCGUCACGGCUUCCGGCGAGAAUUUGGGCAAAGUUGCGGAACUGUUACAGACAGGCUCCGUCAAGCCGCUCAAGGUGACGGAGUUUCCCAUCGACAAGGCUGUCGAAGCGUGGGAGUUUGGACGGCAACGAGGUAGAUCUGGCAAAGUGGUGAUAACUUUUGUGUCGUAAUGUUGGACGCUUAUUUAUUCGAAGCAAAAGGUCAUCGAAUGGUUCAGAUGAUAAUCUCGCCAAAGCCUGCAUCGGUGAGCAGCAUGUCCAAGUCAUCCACAGAGCCUCCAGAGCCCGUAUUGUCCGUGUGCGAGACCCCAUCGCCCAGGCUCUGCGUCAAUGCUCCCAGCGGG